UACCUUACAGAGGCAGCUGGUCCCUUCUUUACUCUGAGUCUGUGUUGUCUUGUGUUGUGCAGACGUUUACAUUUAACCCUUUUAUAGCCGUAUUGAAGGGUAAAGUCCUUCUCCGGUUGCCCCGCUGGACAGAUUCUUGUCACUGCUGUCACUCCACGUCAUAAAUUAAGUGUCAUCGCCUUAUUCAUCUCUGGAAUCUCCGCAGUAUCAGUCAUGAAGGUCCUCGUGGUGCUCGCCCUCGCUGUUUUCACUGCAGGUUGCAAUGCCAACAUCGUGUGGCAAAACCAGCCCAAACCGCAGGUCGACAUGGUGAAAGAUGCUUUUUGGGACUACGUCGCCAAGGCAACCAUGACAUCGGAGGAUUCCCUGACGCAGAUCAGACAGUCCGAGCUGGGAAAGGAAGUGAACACCCUGAUCUCUGAGAGCACCGUUGCCAUCAGCAAGCUCACCGACGCUCUGCGGACUCAGGUGGCUCCUCUGACCCAGGACCUCAUAUCUAAGUUUACCCAGGAGGCCGAGCAGCUGAAGGCUCGUCUGGAGAAAGAUCUGACCACCGUGAGCACUAACCUGCAGGAGAUGGUGGCGCAGCUCCAGAAACAGGUGGAGGAGCUGAAGACGGACGCGGCCCCCUAUGCUGAGAACAUGGACCCCGAGGCCCUGAAGGUCGUCCUGCUGCAGAAGAGCGAGGAGCUGAGAGUGCAGCUGUACAAGAAUGUGAACGAGCUGCAGGCCCAAAUGGUCCCCUACACCGAGGAGCUUAAGGAGAAGAUGGAUCAGAGCCUGGCUGAGUUUCAGAGGAGCAUGGUCCCCCUGACCCAGAGCUUUGAGACCCAGCUGACCCAGAAGACCCAGGAGAUCCAGCAGAACCUGGCUCAAAGAGGAGAGGAGCUGAGGGUCCAGCUGGACACCGACACCCAGAACCUGAGGAGGCAGCUGGAAGCUAUGUGGAAGUCCUUCACUAAGAUGACCCAGUAAACGGACUAACGUCUAUACUGUACUUUUAAUUUCAAACAUCCUGGAACAGCACAGUACAAACAUACUUUCCACAAGGUAGUCUGCAGGUAACAAAGUACACAAACAAAGACAGAAAACACAACAGCACAGCAUGAUGGGUCACAUCAUCUCCCCACAACAUGCAUCAAGGCUUUCCUUUACUCUCUUAUUAUCCCCACUAUUAUCGCAUCUGAGGAAGCUGCCCCACAUUUCAGUGAAUUUCAAAUCUUUCAGUUUGGCUAUCAUUAUGAGGCUGUAACUGUCAUGAGUUUGAUCCUUAGGUGUGCUUGUAUUUUUCCAGUUCUUUGUAUGAUCCUGGCUGCAUUACGGAAGCCUGCAAGGUAAAACGUGGCGUGCUUGCAGGGACUGAGCCAACACUGGGGGGGCCCCAAACUCAGUUUUGACUUUUUCUCUACUACCUGAUCAUCAGUGAUCUCUGGUGGAUCAGGGUUGGAUAUAUGGGACAGAUAAAAAGUGC